AUGUUGGUUUAUCAAGAUUUGCUCACAGGUGAUGAGCUUCUCUCUGAUUCCUUUCCUUACAAGGAAAUCCAGAAUGGGAUUCUAUGGGAAGUUGAGGGAAAGUUUCAGUGGGUUGUUACAGGAUCAGUAGAUAUAGACAUUGGUGCUAACCCAUCUGCAGAAGGUGCUGGUGAAGAAGAAGGUGUUGAUGAUCAAUCUGUAAAGGUUGUUGACAUUGUUGAUACCUUUAGACUUCAAGAACAACCCCCAUUCGACAAGAGACAAUUUGUUGUAUUCAUUAAAAAGUACAUUAAAUUGUUGACUCCUAAGCUUGAUGGUGAGAAAGCAAUUGAAUUCAAGAAGAACAUUGAAGGGGCAACCAAGUUCUUGCUAUCUCAACUCAGUGAUCUCCAAUUCUUUGUUGGGGAGAGCAUGAAUGAUGAUAGUACAUUGGUGUUUGCUUAUUACAAGGAUGGUGCUAUCAAUCCAACUUUUUUGUACUUUGGUCAUGGUUUGAAGGAAGUCAAGUGUUAAUUUUAGUAGAUUUUGUUUU